CGAAGAAGAAGACGUCGUCAAACGGCGCCGUGUUGUUGUCAACAAGCAGGAGCUAACAGAUCCAGCUGCUCCUCCUUAAAGUUGUGGAGUGUUUGGCUCUGCUGACCUGGAUGCGCUGCAGCCUCCUGCCGCUGCCUCUCUCUCUCUGCUGCAGCCAGGAUGGGCCAGCAGCUCUCAGGUCAGGCGCUGAACCGUCUGCCUGAGAAGCUGGUGAAACACGCCGGACUCGUACGAGACAGCGGCUACCUGACCUACGAGGAGUUUCUGGGGAGAGUGUCCGAACUUAACGACGUUACGGCUAAGCUAGCCUCUGGACAGCAGAAGCACCUUCUGUUCGAGGUGCAGCCAGGGUCCGAUGCCACCGCCUUGUGGAAGGUGGCUGUCAGAGUCCUCUGUACCAAGAUCAACAAAGAGACCGGCAUGGUGGAGGCUUCUCGCAUCAUGAACCUGUACCAGUUCAUCCAGCUGUACCGGGACGUCACCAGCCAGGCUGCAGAGGUCCUGUCUGCAGAGGGAGCCUCCUCCGCCCAGCUGCCCUCCACAGACUCCUGCCAGGCCAGCAUGUGGAUGGGCAGGUAAGGUCACAGGAAGUAGUCCCUCAAACAGACAAAAACCCCAUGUUACUAAUUUAUUAAUUAAUUUGAAAAAAUAUGAAUAGUAUGUACAGUGAUUCACAUUAAAGAGCCUUUGAAAGACACCACAUCUAAAUAUCUCCUGGUGUUGGGAUUCAAACCAUGACUGUAUGUAUAACAUUAACCUUGUGAAUAUUAUUAACUAACUAAUCAAGCAGUCGACCACUAGAU